GACUUAGGACUCACGUUCUGGUCAGAGUCAUGGCACCCCAGACUCUGCUGCCUGUCCUGGUUCUCUGUGUGCUGCUGCUUCAGGCUCAGGGAGGAUACUAUGACAAGAUGAGGAUGCAGAGAAUCAAGGUCUGUGAGAAGCGACCCAGCAUAGAUCUAUGCAUCCACCACUGUUCAUAUUUCCAAAAGUGUGAAGCAAAUAACAUAUGCUGUUCAGCCUUCUGUGGGAACGUUUGCAUGAGCAUCCUGUGA